AUGUCUUUUGAUAAAUCUAUUAAAGAUUUUACGAAUAAUAAAGUAAAAGAUUUAAAAAAGAAAGAAUGGAUUAAAAACAAUAAGGAAUUUAAACUUAGUAUUGAUCCUUUGGGGUGUUAUGUUAAUGCUGAAGAUUUAAAAUUACAUAUUUAUAAAUCUUAUGAAGAUUAUUAUUAUAACCCUUUAUCUUUUAUAGAUAUUGAUCCACAUAACGAAUAUUUGGAACAAGAUUAUCAAACAAUUUAUGAGGAAUUAAUUGAUUAUAUUAAAGAUCAUGUUGAAGAAUGGAAGAUUGAAUUGGAAGGAACAUUGGUUGUUAUUAAACAUAUUUCAGGAAAGAAACAUUAUAAGGAAGGAUUUGAUAAAGAUGUUUGGGAUGAAAUUAAACAAAUGAUAAAUCAAGAAAAUAAUUGA